AGGUUCCUGCUCUUUCGUGGUUUGUUCCUUUUGAAGAAUUAAGCCUACAUUUUAAGAACGUUAUUUGCAAUCCGUGUAAGCCAUUUUUACAUCCUAAACACGAACGAAGAGUUCUCAGAGUUCUUGUCGUAAUGUAACGUGAAAUUCUCUAUGCUGAAACACAAUGAAGUGUAGAGUAGCUGGAAAGAAAAAAUAUACAGUCAAAUCUUGAGGAGUAAGAGGUCAAAGAGUUGUGGACAGAGUGAAUACGUGCGAACGUUUUUUGUUAUAAAAAUAUCACUUCCGCUUCCUCAAACUUGAAAUCUUAUCUUUACGGAAACGGUUCUUUUUGGCUUAAGGACUGGUGAACAGGAAUGAAUUGAAAAAUUAAACAGCAGAAAAAAUUGAUAGAAGAUUCGAAUUUGAUGAUCUCUGCAAAAAUGUCGAGUGUUUGUACGGAUUUUUCCCAAGUUUAGACGGCCAUUACAUUCUUGAGCAAUAUGCAUGUCACGUGAUACGUUAUCCUGUGGUCCUGCAUCUAACAUCGGUACGACAAAGACCUUUAUCAACACAAAAAUGUUUUUGCCCUUGACUUAUGAAGUGGCGAUCGCUAACAUUUCAUAAUUAAGGAUCAUUUGUUAUUCCUGGGAUAUUAGGGAAACAUAACGUGUCAAUUCCCUUCCCAGAAAAAUGGUCAGAAAUGUAUACGUAACGAAGCCCAUCUGUAAGUGGUUGAAUCUAACCACAACUGAUUUUAUGACUUUUUUUUUGGAGAUGAGAAGUGAUUUGACAAAUUUGCUGAUUAGCGCCAAAUGUUGCCUUCGAUACGAGAUCAACAAGAUAUUUGGCUUGAUAUGUGACUUUUGAUGGUGACGGUUGCCAUAUAUGUGAGAUUUUGACAGUCGUGAUAUGUGCUCGACGAAAAUGCUCGCUGCCAUUUCAAGCUCCUGAAACUCGAUAGCAUGUAAUAUCUGGGAAAUACGAUAGAGAAAUUUCGCCAUUGAAACCGAAAACGUCUCUCGGCUUUAUUAAGAGCUGUAGAAAAAUGUGUUCGGGGAGCGAACUGUCUUGUGUGAGAGGUGAAAAUGCAUGGCGCUUUCCUCUGUCAUCGGGACUGCUUGGGUUUGUGUUAGGAUUGUCAACUUUUGGUGCAGCGAUGAAACUGUCAGAAUACAAGGACAGUCCUAGUCUUCCUCCGAUGAUAGCUGCAAUACCAAUGUUAACUGCAGGGCUUUCAGGUAUGGUGGGAGGACGAAUGAGGAAACGUUGGCUGAUUUCGCUGCACAUGGGUCUUUGUUUGGUUACAGGAGUCUUUGGUCUUCAUCUUAUGUUCCUUUUCAUGGGGAGAGAGGUUAAAUCAAGAAAUAUUCAUAAGGCUAAAUGUCUUUCCAACUACCAGGGAUCUUAUUACUGCCACAGAUACGCUACAACUGUUGCUAUGUCAGGACUAUCUGUUCUAGCGAUUACGUUAGCUCCUUUGGGAAUUUUAUCAUAUGCCGUCAUCAGGCAAAUAUCUGCGUAUAACGUCAAUGAAGUCCAGGAAGCAAAUAAUCCAGCCUUUGAACCCGAACUAUCUCCGACUAAGACAACAAAUGAAGACCAAGUAGAACAUCAGCAUCAACAAUUUUUUGAUAGAGCUGCAAAUCAUCCACGUAAAACUGAGCCUAAACCAGAGAAUCAACGACUAGCAAACUUUAAAAACUCACAUGGUGAUGAGUGUCUUCCACCUAAUCUCAGAAAACCGUACGGUAGUGAUCUGGUAACAACUAAUCCGUCUCAAAAUAAAGUGCGGAAUCACCGAUUUCUUCACCAUAAGAAGCCGCAUGACGAUAUGCGACUUCCGCCCAAUCAACGACCACCUUACCGGGGUGAUCAGGUAGGAAUUCCUAAACCUAGUGCUCAGUCUAAACCGCCGCAGAAUCUGGGUCCACUUCACCAGAAAAACUCACAUGGCGAUAAACGACUUCCACCCAUCCACAAGCAGUCGUUAGGUAACAAUUGGGCAGAAAAUCAGCCAUCUAAAACUGAUCCUAGACCGCAGAAUCACCGAGCACUUUACCAUAAGAACUCUCAUGACAAUACGCGACUUCCUCCCAGAUACAAACAACCUGACCAUGGCAAUCGAGAGUCAAGUGAACCUCGCAAAGGUGAAUCCCAACCCAAGAAUCUCCGACCACCUCAUAACAAAUAUAAACAUGGCGAUGCGCAACUCACAGACAGAGACGUGAAUCGCAGACAGCCUUUCGAACACAGACCUUCCCGUGACCUCAUGAGGUACAGUAGGCACAUAUGUCAGCAGCAAAACAUGAAUCAAGUUUCCAGAGCACCAACGACACGGUUUGGACAAAGUCACGUGCCAUUGGCCAGUGGCAGAGUAGUGAAAGGUAUAUCGAACACGACAGAUAGCUCGUCUGCAUAAAAGGGUGUGUAAAUUGCCAAACUUUUGUACAACGCACAAAUCGAAUACAUGAUGUAGAGGCUAUGAGCUCGCUCGCUUAGGUCAAUAAAAGUCACUUCGCUAACGUUUCGUCAGGAAACACAGGGCGCAGAAAGACUUUUAGCACGUUUCGAUAUAAGAUGAUUAUAUACUCCAUUUUUUUUCAUCUCUUCAGCAUUCAUAAGCAUUCUUGCCAUCAUCAAUUUUUUUACACCCAUUUUAUUGCUUAUGCAACCAUUCCUGUAAAUGGUUAUGCGAAUAAAUUUCUGAUGUCGUUGUUAAAAGGACGUACACAAUUCAAAGCUUUAAAUAGACAAUGGCAAACUAUUCGUUCAUAAAUUAGCAGCCUACGUUAAGUAUUGUUGUAAUGAGUUUUUAUAAGUUAAGGUUCAAGGUCUCUCAUUUUUCAUCUCAAGAAUUAAGUCCAAGGCUAUUCAAAGUUAAACCCUUAUAAGGAGUUCCUUGAUUUUAACUGUUUUGACUUAGAGUCGGAGUGCCAUUUUUUUUAGUGAGCAUGUCUUCGAAAUUGACACUGACCUUGGACCUCAUCCAUACGAGUGUUCCUGUUUGGGUUUCCAGUUCAAUUUUGUAGUCUUACCAUUCGAAUAACAUCAGCUGUAUACUUUUUUGGUUGAUCACAUAGCCAGUUUGUUUUCACGCAUUGUUUUAAAAAAACAGGAAGCGUAGGAAGAGUUCUCACGCUCGGAAAACCCAAACACGUCUACAAUUUAGAUACCUAGGAAACCACAAAUUGGUUACUUUUCUCUUAUGUAGUUGUAGAUGUGAGAGGCGGAAUUAUUUUGAGUAUUGAUUAGCCAAAAAAAUGAACGGUGCCAAUGUCUGUGCGCAAGGACGGAGAAGAAUAAAUAGACAGGUGCAGAUCCUUGAUCCUUUCAGCUAAAUGUAAAAUGCUCGGGAUUUCCCCCCAAAAGCGUAAGAAAUCAGUGGGACGUAUGAUUACGAAAUUACGCUCUUUCAACUGAAAAAUCUUAAUUAAUUUCCACAGAGGUGUUUUUGGGGAUCUUUGUAAUUAAAAAAAAAUGUGUAAUUAGCUGGAUAAACUAAGGUGUAGCUAAGGGGAGUCUUAGAUGUACUUGCUAAUUCCAACGGAUUUAGAAAAACCAUCAUUGAGUUUUCGUACGAAUAGCUUGAUAAUCCCUAAAUCUUCGAAUCCCGUUUUGAUCAAAAUCUGAAUUCCCCCCUCUGACGUCUUGAAUAGGCGCCCCUCUUUCUGCUCGUUUUCAUGGACGCAAUAAGACAUUAUAGGACAUGUGUUUUGAUUGUGUUUAUUCAGCCACGUUCGUCCAAUCUUGCACGCAUAUGUCACACUUAAAGCCUUCUUUCAGUCUGUCAACGGGUUAAGUUUGGGGAAACUGAUCACGAAUAAAAAGAGCAGCUGAAAAGUGCCGCUGUUAAAACUUUA